ACAUUAUCUGAAUCUCUUUUUCAUCGACAAACAAUAGGCAAAUAGAUAGAUAUAAUGUAAAUGGCUGAUGUAAUUUUAGUGCAGAGUGUAUAUAAUUUGUGUUUGAUUAGUCUGGUAUUGAGGUUGCGUACUGACUGCGUUGACGCAUCACCGAACAAUAAACAUGGACAAAGGCGCCCCCAAUAUAGCGAUUCUCGGAGCUGGGGUCGUGGGACUGACAGUUGCUGAUAUUUUACAGAAAGACCUCGGUAAAGCGAACAUAACUAUUAUAGCUGACAAAUUCAAGGAAGACACCACAAGCGCGGUGGCUGCUGGUAUUUUUUGUCCCGGAUCUAGUUUUAGAGGUGCGACAAGAGAAAUUACACAUAAAUGGAUAGACGACUCGUGGUACUACUGGCAGGAUAUAUUAAAGUCAUCGGAAGCAUCAAAUGCUGGUAUUAUGGAGUUAUCUACUUACAUAUUUGCUAGAGACAAUUAUGAACUUACCAAAAAUCCUUUGCUUGAACACUUAGUUUCGAAUUAUAGAGCGGCACGAGAGGACGAGUUGAAACUUUGCGGGCCAGGCUGGAAGUACGGCUCAUAUUUUACAACAGUAAAGAUAGGUUGUGACAGAUAUUUGCCGUGGGUCGAAAGGCGAUUUGUUGAUAAAGGUGGCAGAAUUGUGAGCGGUAAAGUCGACAGUUUCACAUCACUACGCCAGUACGAUUUGGUUUUCAACUGCACCGGUUUGGGCGCGAAAUAUUUGUGCAAUGAUUUCGAUAUAUUCCCUCUCCGCGGACAGGUAAUUAGAGUUAAGGCGCCGUGGUUGAAGACGGCCUUCUUCUGUGAUUACGACACGUACAUAAUACCUGGCAUGGAUGGCGUGACUACGUUAGGUGGCGUGAGGCAACACGAUAACUCUAAUUUACAAGUUUGCAAGUACGAUGCGCAUGCAAUAUGGCAACAGUGCUGUGAAAUAUUGCCAGAUUUAAGGAAAGCUGAAAUUAUUGGUCAUAAUGUGGGGUUGCGACCAUACAGAGUUCCUGUACGCGUGGAGCCCGAGGUUAUAGGAGGUGUGAAGGUGGUUCAUUGUUAUGGACAUGGCGCGAAUGGAGUCAUGUCGUCUCCGGGAACCGCUCUCAAUGCUGUGAAGAUAGGAUACGACUAUUUGAAGAGUAACAUUAGGAAUAAAUUAUGAAUAGAUUAAACUUUCAUUUGCAUUUAAACAUUAUGAAUUCAGAGUUCUAAAGAAAAGAUUUUUAAAAAGUACUAUUUUAAUACACAAUAGUAAAUUAGCUAAUUAUUUUGUAUAAUACAAUCAAUACCUAAGAUAUUUAUCUUCAAUUUAAGCUAUCAAUCCAUCUAUGUCUUGAAAUCUUUUAGUGUUUGAUAUUCAAAAAUCUUAGACGACAGUAUUAGUAAAGUAUUGUCUUUGAAAAGUCUAUAAUAAAGGUUGAAAUGAUA